AUGAGAAAUGUCAUGGGACAAUACAUCUACUACAACAUGAGAAAUGACAUGAGGUCACACAUCUAUGACAACAUGAGAAAUGACAUCUACGACAACAUGAGAAAUGACAUGAGGUCACACAUCUAUGACAACAUGAGAAAUGACAUGAGGUCACGCAUCUAUGACAACAUGAGAAAUGACAUGAGGUCACACAUCUAUGACAACAUGAGAAAUGACAUGAGGUCACACAUCUAUGACAACAUGAGAAAUGACAUGAGGUCACACAUCUAUGACAACAUGAGAAAUGACAUGAGGUCACGCAUCUAUGACAACAUGAGAAAUGACAUGACGUCACACAUCUACGACAACAUGAGAAAUGACAUGAGGUCACACAUCUAUGACAACAUGAGAAAUGACAUGAGGUCACACAUCUAUGACAACAUGAGAAAUGACAUGAGGUCACACAUCUAUGACAACAUGAGAAAUGACAUGAGGUCACACAUCUCUGACAACAUGAGAAAUGACAUGGGACCACACGUCUACGACAACAUGAGAAAUGUCAUGUGA